CCGGGGCCUGGGUGUGUGCGGGGUCGGCCAGCUGGGGGCACCGGCAGGGUAGGCUGACAUGCUGCUUGAAAGUCACUAAUGCCAGCGGAAGGAGGGAAAGCGUUGGCAGGCCCAGAAGAGUAGCCACCCACACCCUGUUACCAUACCCCUCAGCCCGCAGCCUUAUCCUCAGAUGUGAAUUGAGAUGGAAGGCUUAGGGGAGAUGAAGCCCUGGGGGAAGCUGUGCCGACUGCUAGGAGCUGACGCGGAGGAUGCCAAUGAGCUUUUUCUCUACAAAAAAGAAUGGACGAUUGGAAGGAAGAAAGGUUGUGACCUUUCAUUUCCUGGUAACAAACUGGUGUCUGGAGAACACUGCAAAAUAACAGUGGAUGAGGCUUCUGGGGUUGUCUCCUUAGAAGAUACCAGUACGAAUGGCACCGUGAUUAACCAGCAGAAAGUGGUGAAGAAGCAGUCCUACACAUUAAAGAAUGGCGAUGUGAUCUAUGUUGUUUAUAGGAAAAAUGAGCCAGAACAAAAUGUUGCUUUUCUGUACAAAUCAUUGAGUUCAGCACAAGGCAAUAUACAAGAACUUGCAGAUACCUCAGAGGAAGCAGAUGCGACUCAGGCGUUGUCUCCCUUCCAAGACACUUCUUUGACGUCAGAGGAACCUCAGCCUUCCACUUCCACUACCAACCUCUACAGCACACCCACUACCUCCACCCAAGAGCCACUUUUUGCCAUACAGAUUCAACCAUCCCCAGCAGAUGCUGCUUGUACAGCAGCAAAGUCACAGGAAGACAAGCAAUCCAGUGUCACAGAUGUGAUGGGUGACACAGAUCAGGCCUCUACAAAGACGUCUGAUAACGAGCAAGAUAAUCAUCCUCCUCCCAAAAAGAAGUUGAAAGUUGAAACUGACUGUUCAAGUUCUCAAACCCCUACCCUUCCAAGUUACUCAAAAGUAACCUCUGAAGAUACUAAAUCAGCUAGCAUGAAGCCAGAUAAAAUGGAAGAGACCCUGACCUGCAUUAUCUGCCAGGAAUUGCUACAUGAUUGUGUCAGUUUGCAGCCAUGUAUGCACACAUUCUGUGCAGCCUGUUACUCUGGCUGGAUGGAGCGCUCAUCCCUCUGCCCUACCUGUAGAUGCCCUGUUGAACGGAUUUGUAAAAACCACAUACUUAACAAUCUUGUGGAAGCCUAUCUGCUGCAGCACCCAGAAAAGUGUCGCAGUGAGGAGGACAGACGUAGCAUGGAUGCUCGAAAUAAAAUCACACAAGAUAUGCUGCAGCCCAAGGUGCGUCGAUCAUUUUCUGAUGAAGAAGGAAGUUCUGAAGAUCUACUUGAGUUAUCAGAUGUCGACAGUGAAUCCUCAGACUUUAGCCAGCCUUAUACAGUGUGCCGACAAUGCCCAGGGUAUGGUAGACACAAUAUACAGCCACAUCCUUAUCCUCUUACCAUUGAAACAGAAGCAAUGCGGACGUUAGGUGAUGCGCCUUCUACCUCUACCAACUUUCCUGCAGCUGCCCAGGAAUAUGUAUGUCCUGCCCAGGGAAGUCAUGUGAUAUGUGCAUGUUGCUUCCAGCCAAUGCCGGACAGAAGGAGCGAACGGGAACAAAACCCACAUGUGGCACCUCAGCAAUGCACUGUCUGUUUGCAGUCUUUCUGUCACAUGUAUUGGGGAUGCACCAAAAUGGGCUGCUUGGGCUGCCUGGCUCCAUUUUGUGAGUUAAAUCUUGGAGAAAAAUGUUUGGACUCUGUGUUAAACAACAACAACUAUGAGUCUGAUAUCCUAAAGAAUUACCUGGCAUCCAGGGGUUUAACAUGGAAAGACUUGCUGCAUGAAAGCCUUGCAGCUGUUCAGAGAGGUGUUUUUAUGCUUCCCGAUUAUAGGAUUAAUGGUAAUACUGUGCUUUGCUACUUCUGUAGCCUCCGUAACUUCAGAGAUCUUACCUAUCAAUACAGACAGAACAUCCCACCUUCUGAGCUACCAGUUGCAGUGACAUCAAGACCAAAUUGUUACUGGGGGAGAAACUGCAGAACUCAGGUUAAAGCGCACCAUGCCAUGAAAUUCAACCACAUCUGUGAACAAACACGCUUCAAGAACUAAGUCUGGUACCAUCUGGAAACAAAGGCACCUCAAGGGCUGCACGUUCUCAUACAAGGAGACAUGAGAGGCUCAGGAAGACGUCAAGAUGCCUGUGACCUUCUAGUGUACAGCACCCUGUUCCUGGUUUAGGAGGGUGGGCUGAUUACACUGUGCCAGUUCCUGUUGGCACACAGUAUUGUUUGCCAAUAAAUUGCUGUUGGGUUUGUUUCCCAGGUUGAGCUCUGGUUUCAGGACAGAGUCAACCAAUAUUAUACAAUGCAAAAUGUCUUUCUUCCAGUAGGGCCAUUGACUGGUUUAACAUUUGAAACAUCUCCCCAGUGACUGUGGGUUUCACAGCUCUCUGCUGCACGUCGCUGUAGUGCUGUUAUCUAUGGACAUUAUUGUAUUGUAAAUUACCUGUUUUGUUCAUCAGUUAAUAUUGCUUAUUUAAAGAUUCACACUGAAUAUAUUGCAGGUUACCCGCUAUUCUAGUGUGCUUUCCAUUCAGGGAAAUUGGUUCAAUUUACAGCCAUUGGUUUGUUAUGCACAUGACUAGUCUGCUUCUUUUUUUUGAUGAAGCAAAUCUUUUUUUCUGACAGCUAUUUGAGUCCUGGAAACUGCUCUGCACUGUGGUUCCUGUGUAUGUGAUCUACAUAACUGAAUCUUUAUGUUGCUCAUGGAACAUGCCCGCAACACUGAAUGUUCCCUUCUGGACCAGCUAUGUCUUGAUAGCCUCUCCCACCAUUGCGACCAUCUCUUGUUUUUAUGGACUAUUGACAUUUUCCACAAAAAAUAAAAACCCUAUAGUACAGGGAAACUUAAGUAAAUGUUUAUACCUCACAAAUUGAAUUCUGCCUAUUACACAAUGUUGCUUAUCUACUGUAGUCAGUGCAAUUCAUAAAACAUGUAUCAUACUUUUUUGUAAACUUUAAUUUGCAUAGACC